AUGCCCUCUCCGCGGGGCUGUGCACGGGUUCUCGGUAUGGACUCGGCAACACAGACUCCCUGGUUUCCUACCCCGCUGAUGUGGAAGGGUUGGCAGUCGAUCCUUCGUGAUAAAGUGGCAGAUGUCAUAUAUCUCGAAAUUCCCCACGCCACGGCGGAGGGCGCAGCUACGUGGACAACGGAAGACAUUCCGGCGUGCGAGUUAAGUUGCGUCCAGUUUCCCGCCUGCUUAGAUGUACGUUCUGUUAUAGCUUUCAAGCUACCUCCUCCUGUCUUCGACUCUCCUGUCAUAACAGUAACAACUUUACGGGCCAGUAACGCAUUCAAAACCAUACGAACAGACAACCCUGACGUUCUGCAAGGCCAGGACACCGUAGGCGCUCGAUUGGAAGAAGGGCACGCGCACGCUGGACUGCAGCGCUCCCAGCUCUCGCAACAGCAACGAGCCGGGGUAAUCGUCGCGGAUCUCGUCCCCUCCCAGAAGCUUUUUGAGCCUAUCUUUGAGUCUAAUUCACUUGUGGAACCGUUCAUGCUCCUUCAGGGUGUUCGCCUCCUUCCCCUCUCUUUGGAUGAUUCUCGUUCAUGGAAUGAUAGGAUCGGUACAAAAACAGUCUUGACUCCAGCUCGAGUAGGAAAGAACGUACUAGUGUGUCGAGAAUCAAAGCCCCAGCUUUGA